CCCUCUCUCCCUCGCUUACUCUGUUUCUACUCUGCUUCUACGAGAUCCCUCUCCCUCUUCCUCUCCCUCUCUCCCUCGCUUACUCUGUUUCUACUCUGCUUCUACGGGAAGUGCUUUUGGGAGCAGAGAUUAUCACCCUCGGUUACAACCAGAAGCCUAAUCCAGUUUUCGGGAUCAGAUGUUGACGAAGCGAUGGCAGGGGUGUCUUCUGUUUCUCAUCUGUGCUCAAUUAGGAACAUCGGGUGAAUACGUUGGAAUUACGAUCCCUAGCGAGGGAGGGGGAAAUGAGCCCACUUCCAAUCACGAAAACAGAUUGAUUUACUACAGCUACACCGAUGAUCUCUCGAGAGAAAGGGCGAGGCGGGGGCUUCUCACAGAGGAUAACCAAGAGAUCUUUUCCGCAAGAAGAGAAAUGGCGGAUAUUCCGAGCAUUGUCAGUUUAGCCACCACAGACCCAAAUUCCUCAAACUUGGCCGGGGUGUUCUGCGUGGCGCUCACCAAUGCAGAAUCAACUGCACUACAGCAGGGACUAAAUUGGGCUUGUGGUCCUGGUAUGGCAAACUGCACUGCCAUACAACCUGGGGAGCCUUGUUAUGUAGAGAACAAUUUGGUUGAUUUGGCUUCCUAUGCCUACAAUAACUAUUACCAUCAAAUGGCUGGAAGUGGCGGAAGCUGCAACUUUAGCAACACUGCGACGAUUACUAAUACUGAUCCUAGCCAUGGCUCGUGCAUCUUUGCCGGAAGCACGCUUACGAGCACAAACUCGAGCGGCGGUUCAAGCACAAACUCGAGCACAAGUACAAACACAACCACAGGCGGAGGUGGAACCACGACUGCGAGCAUCGGUGGCGCCCCAAGUAAUGAUAAUUUUGUCCCGAUAAGUGCCGGAAGUAGGGUUUUGGUGGAAGUUCUUAUGAUCCCAUAUGUAGUUGUUCUGGUGCUGCUUUUCUUUUUUUGAGUUGUAGUGAAAAUUGGUUAGUUGUCCAGAAUAGAGAGUGAUAUGUAUGAACAUUAAUUUCUAGGCAAAGAGGUGAAUUCAUCGCAUGACGAUUGAGUUUGUUGAGACGUCGCCGUUAUGGUUGUAAAUGAAUAAAAUGAUACUUGAUAGUGUAUAGUUCAACU